AUGGUAGGAGGAAUUCCGGAGCGUGAAUGCUCGUUUCACCCAAGUAAAGCUUCUAACGUGAUCAACUAGAUUUAUUUUAUGACGAAGGCCAAUACCGUAAAUACCCUAUUGAUCGUGUAACUCAGUUUAGCGAUCGGAGGGUCAAGCCGCCCCCUUUAAAGCCGGUGCCCAUCACCUGAACUACUGCAACUGCUGUGGUAAACGACAAACAGUGUAUCAUACACUUUCCUGUAACUUAUUUUCCGGUCUCACUUUCAGUGGGGGUGGGGUUGGGGUGGUCGCGUAACAUUGCCGGCGAACCCCCCACCCCCGGCACUGAAUUUUUGGUUUGCCCCAGAGUUUCGGCACAGUCCGUCGAUCGUUAAAUGAAGAUGGCGGAAUCGCCGGAGAUGUGGUCGGGACGGCUUUAAACUCCGAUAACAAGAAACAAAAAUAUAAAAAUAUACUGGACCGUUUGGGCAAGUCAGUUGAUGUAGACGUUCGAGGGAAAUUGAUUGCAAUCAGGAGGCUGCAGUCUCCAUUGAGUGCCGAGCGACUUCACAGAAAUGAACGCCGGGAAACACAGCUCCAUAUUUGAAGACUGAAAUGUGAGUUGGUCUGUAACCUACCUCAUGCAUGCUGGGAAUGAGCAGACUGGGACUCCAAGAGCAGUGCUCAGUGUUAGCAGCUUCUGCUGCCACAAUGAUGGCUUCUAGAAUGGAUGGAGGGCGACGGCACUGCUGAAGAUGCUGCCUGGGAAGGUGGUUUAAGCACAUGUGAUAACACCCAUGAAGGCUGUGAGCUUGCAAGUGACUGAGGACUAGAGUGUACAGUCACCUAAAGAGGGCGAGAAAGCUAACCUGUGUGGACGGGUGGUGUGAACAAAGGAAGUUGGACAUUGGUGUACAAGAGGCAGUCUGUUACUCAAGGUGUUUCUGCAAGGGAGCUAUUGUACACCAGAUACGAGAACCUGGUUUGAUCGAUCUAUAUAAGCGGGAUUCCGGUACCAGCUGGAAAAGGCUAGAGAGAAGAAGUACAUGCUGAGUCAUGGGUUAUGCGGGCCAUGGUGACCUAGCUUAAAUGGCUUUCUACAAGCAGAACUCAGUGCUAGUAUCUGUUGGUCAGCCCCACUCCUCUUCCUUCUCCGCUGCCUCAGGUUGCCACCUCCACCACUGUUUUGCUGUCCUUGAGUCCAGCUUGACCCCAACUCUGUCUGUCCCCCCCCAGCAACGCCAUGAUGGGCGUCUGGAAGCUGGUGCGGGGCAUGAGGCAGAUGGAGCUACAUCGCCUCAUCUUGGCACUCAUAGUUUUCUGCCUGCUGUCCAUGGCCUUCCUGGCUUACUAUGUCAGCAACAGCCCCAAAAUCAAAGAGGGCCCCCCCCUCCCCAUUAGCGAUUGUGGGGCAGUAGCCACAUCAACAGGGGGUCAGCGCGUGCCCCUGUUUCUGCCCCCACAGGCCAACCGGCAAUUUCUUAAACCGGUGGACAAUUCGCGCACAGACCCUGUGGUGCUAGUGUUUGUGGAGAGCGUCUACUCUCAACUAGGCCAAGAGAUUGUGGCCAUCCUGGAGUCCAGCCGCUUCAAGUACCAGACAGAGAUUGCUCCCGGGAAGGGUGACAUGCCCACAUUGACCGAAGGGGACCGGGGCCGCUAUGCCCUUGUCAUCUACGAGAAUGUUCUCAAGUAUGUCAACCUGGAUGCCUGGAACCGUGAGCUGCUAGACAAGUACUGUGUGGAGUUUGGUGUGGGGGUCAUCAGCUUCUUCAAGGCCAACGAGAACUCACUGUUCAGUGCCCAGCUCAAGGGCUUCCCUUUGUUCCUGCACUCGAACCUGGGCCUACGUGACUACCGCAUCAACCCCGCUGCCCCACUACUUUACAUCACUCAAGCCAAUGAGGUGGACCAAGGCCCAUUACCCGGGGAUGAUUGGACGGUUUUCCAGUCCAACCAUAGCACCUAUGAACCUGUUCUUCUGGCCAACACCCAUUCUCCAGAAGCUCUGCUCCACUUAGGUUCCAGUCAGGUGGUUCAUGCUACCGUGGUACAGGACCUAGGCCUCCAUGAUGGCAUCCAGAGGGUGUUCUUUGGCAACAACCUGUCCUUUUGGCUGCACAAGCUAAUCUUUGUGGAUUCCAUUGCCUACCUAACUGGCAAGCGGUUGUGCCUGUCUCUGGACCGCUACCUUUUGGUUGAUGUGGACGACAUCUUCGUAGGCAAGGAGGGCACCCGCAUGAAGGUAUCUGAUGUUGAGGCUCUCCUUAGUGCUCAAAAAAGGCUCCGCGUCCUGGUGCCCAAUUUCACUUUCAACCUGGGCUUCUCUGGAAAGUUCUACCACACUGGCACUGAUGAGGAGGAUCGGGGUGAUGACAUGCUGCUGCACCACAGGAAGGAGUUCUGGUGGUUCCCUCACAUGUGGAGUCACAUGCAGCCUCACCUGUUCCACAACGUCACUGUGCUGGCUGAGCAGAUGCGCCUCAACAUGCUCUUUGCCAAGGAGCAUGGAAUUCCCACAGACAUGGGCUAUGCCGUAGCCCCCCACCACUCAGGGGUGUAUCCCGUGCACAGCCAGCUCUAUGAGGCCUGGAAGGCUGUGUGGGGCAUUAAAGUGACCAGCACAGAAGAAUACCCUCACCUGCGCCCCGCCCGAUAUCGCCGGGGCUUCAUCCACAAUGACAUCAUGGUGCUGCCCAGACAGACGUGUGGCCUAUUCACACACACCAUCUUCUAUAACGAGUAUCCUGGGGGCUCCCGUGAGCUAGACAGGAGCAUCCGGGGGGGGGAACUGUUCCUCACGGUCCUGCUCAACCCGAUCAGCAUCUUUAUGACCCACUUGUCCAACUAUGGGAACGACCGGCUGGGUUUAUAUACCUUUGAGUCCCUGGUCAAGUUUGUGCAGUGCUGGACCAACCUGCGGCUCCAGACACUGCCUCCAGUCCAGCUGGCUGAGAAGUACUUCACCAUCUUUCCUGAAGAGAGGGACCCCUUGUGGCAGAACCCAUGUCAUGACAAGAGACAUAAGGACAUCUGGUCCAAGGAGAAGACUUGUGACCGGCUACCCAAGUUUCUGGUGAUUGGUCCUCAGAAAACAGGCACCACGGCGCUGUACUCUUUCCUAACCCUACACCCGGCCAUCACCAGCAACUUCCCCAGCCAGUUCACCUUUGAAGAGAUCCAGUUCUUCAGUGGAUCCAAUUAUCAACAUGGCAUUGACUGGUACAUGGAUUUCUUUCCAUUCCCUUCCAAUGCCAGCACUGACUUCCUGUUUGAGAAGAGCGCCAACUACCUUGACUCUGAUGUGACCCCAAGGAGGGCUGCUGCCCUGCUGCCUCGGGCCAAAAUCCUGGUAGUACUCAUCAACCCAGUGGACCGGGCGUACUCCUGGUACCAGCACCAGAGGGCUCACCAGGACCCAGCUGCCCUAAAUUAUACAUUCCAUCAGGUUGUGUCAGUGGGUCUUGACUCUUCCCCUGAGCUCCUGACCCUUCAGCAUCGCUGUCUGGUACCUGGGGCCUACGCCAUGCACCUAGACCGCUGGCUGCGCCACUACCCUCCUAGCCAGCUGCUGGUUGUGGAUGGUGCAGUGCUACGGUCAAACCCUGUGCAGGUGAUGGAAGGUGUCCAGAGGUUCCUGGGAGUCACGCCUAUCUUCAACUACACUCAGGUCCUGGUAUUUGAUGAAAACAAAGGCUUCUGGUGUCACAGGGUGGAAGGGGGCCGUCCCAAGUGUCUGGGCAAGAGCAAGGGCAGGAAGUACCCCGAAAUGGCCGUAGAGACGAGAUCCUUCCUGUCUGAGUAUUACCGCGAACACAACAUGAAGCUGCUGAAGCUCCUGAAGCAGCUGGGCCAGGCACUGCCCACCUGGCUGAGGGAGGAGAUCCAGAACACCAGCUGGAGCUGAGAAUGGGGGUUCAGGCAGGGGAUGAGGUGAUGGGAAGGCUCCUUCUGCCAUCACCCUCUGGCCAGGAUGAUCCUUUCUCUGUUCUGUAUCCCUUUGUAGCAAUGAGUCCCCAUUUCUGGCUCGAUGUGGCAGCGGCCACAGGACUGGAGUCUCAGCACAGACUCACCGUGCUGACAUCUGUUGAACUUUGGCCUCUGGCAGUUGCACUGUUGGCAAGCAAGUGGAUGUGAGAACUCUUACCCUCCCAACCACCAGCCACAGAACUUGAGGCCUGAGAAGGAAACAUAUGGACACAAGAUGGUGACUUGGGAUACAGUCAUGGUCUUCCUUUGGAAGAAUGUAAAAUAUUGUACAUGUUUUUUUUUUAAAGUGGUUGUAUAUUUUGGGUUAGGGUAGGGUGGGUCACAAGGUCUUAAUUAAAGCAGACACAACAAAACUAGUCCCGUGGAUUGCUGGAUAAGAGAUGCUUUCUUUGGUCUGCUCUCUGCCUACGACUGAUACACACACACUGCCACUCCUCUACAGACAAUCAGACAAGCCUGCAGGGGCCUGCUUUGUGCAGGGGAGAGUGGGCGUAGGGCCCCGGGACACGGCUAUUAGACAGUACCAUAGAUCAGUGUUUCCCAACCCAGUCCUCGGGGAACCCCGGACAGUCCACAUUUUUGCUUCCUCUCAGCUUCCAGUGCACAUGUACCAGGUAUUCGGUGUUCCUGAUUGGCUGGGAGGGAGCAAAAACGCAGAUUGUUCCACGAGGACUGGCUUGGGAAACACUGCCAUAGAUGGUGGGACAGGGGUCAAGAGUCCAUAUCAAGAGCUGCUGUCUUGGUUGUAUAUUUUGGGUUAGGGUAGGGUGGGUCACAAGGUCUUAAUUAAAGCAGACACAACAAAACUAGUCCCGUGGAUUGCUGGAUAAGAGAUGCUUUCUUUGGUCUGCUCUCUGCCUACGACUGAUACACACACACUGCCACUCCUCUACAGACAAUCAGACAAGCCUGCAGGGGCCUGCUUUGUGCAGGGGAGAGUGGGCGUAGGGCCCCGGGACACGGCUAUUAGACAGUACCAUAGAUCAGUGUUUCCCAACCCAGUCCUCGGGGAACCCCGGACAGUCCACAUUUUUGCUUCCUCUCAGCUUCCAGUGCACAUGUACCAGGUAUUCGGUGUUCCUGAUUGGCUGGGAGGGAGCAAAAACGCAGAUUGUUCCACGAGGACUGGCUUGGGAAACACUGCCAUAGAUGGUGGGACAGGGGUCAAGAGUCCAUAUCAAGAGCUGCUGUCUUGGUUUUUUUUUUUUUUGUGUAUUUUGUAAAAAUGGUCUCUAAAAUGAAACAAGUACCAAUGCAGUAUCAUCUCCAAUAAAUGCAGAGAGGUUGGCGGCAUCACUUUUCUGUUUUUUCCUCAUUUCCUUGGUCUGCUAGUGUGCAGAUGUACUUUAUUUUGUGAUUAAAAUCCCCUUCGUAAAUGCCCUGCUGGACAGUGCUUCUUUUUGGUGGACAUGUGAUGCACUGCAGCCAGAAAGCUGUGUGGCUUCGUGCUUAUGUCACUUGAUUGUGUACCUGUAUGGCAGCAAGAAUUGCCUAAUAUGUCCUUCACUUGCAUCUGUGUAUGAAAGUGUGUCUUGUGCAGCCUCUCAAGAUGGUUCCGUACCUUAAUCAUCAUCCCAGCUGCAUGAUAAAUUGGUGUGAAAAUGUUAAGUAGGUUGAUUAACCAGAAUUAAACAGUUAACAAGUGA